CAUGAUUCUUGGAAAUGGGCUUCAUGUACAGAUACUUGGUGGCGAAAGUGACCAACCAUCUAGUACAAACAGCCUAAUAAGACAGAAACGAGAAUGGAUUGUCCCACCUGCACGGAUCUUAGAAGAGCAGCACAACUUCAAGAAGAAUCCAAUUGCUAGAAUACAAUCUGAUCUCCAGGGUACUCCAGGAGUAGUUAUCACAUACACAAUUUCUGGUCAAGGGGUCACAGAACCACCAUAUGGACUAUUUGUUAUGAAUGGAAAAACAGGGGAACUGAACAUCACUGGAAAGGUUGAUCGGGAACAAACACCAAUGCUCCAUCUGAAAGGGUUCGCCAUCAAUUGGAAUGGUACAAACAUGGAAAAACCAUUAGACCUGAUAAUUAAAGUUCUGGACAUAAAUGAUAAUAGCCCAGUGUUUUCAAAUGAAGUUUUUGUGGGCUCUGUUGAAGAGUUAUGUGAUGUAGGUACUGUUGUGAUGAAGAUAGUUGCAACUGAUGCAGAUGAGCCAAAUACUCUCAACUCCAAAAUUGCCUUCAGGAUUGUUUCUCAAGAGCCCAGUGAGCCUUCUGCAUUCAUGAUUAACAAAGCAACAGGAGUGGUUCAGACUACAACAUUCCGACUUGACAGAGAGGAACACAGUAGCUAUUCCUUAAUUGUGGAGGCAAAAGACCGAAAUGGAGAUGCAAUUGGGUUAGGGACAGAAACGUCUGUACAGAUCAAACUUUUAGAUGUCAAUGACAAUAUUCCAGUUCUUGAAAAAGCCACAUAUGAAGGAAGUGUUAAAGAAAACAUGGCAAAUAUGGAAAUCAUGAGACUGAAGGUCUUUGACAGAGAUGAGGAGUUCACUGACAACUGGCUGGCGCAAUUCACAAUUAUAUCUGGCAACGAAGGAGGCUAUUUCCAUAUAGAAACAGAUUCUCAAACCAAUGAAGGAAUUUUAACUCUUGUUAAGGAAGUUAAUUAUGAAGAACUACAGACAAUGAACUUAAAUAUUGUUGUAGCUAACAAAGCAGCAUAUCACAAAUCAAUUAUUAGUAGUGGUUACCAAGCUCAACCAAUUCCAGUUAAAAUUAAUGUGAUAAAUGUGAAGGAAGGUCCUGUGUUUAAGCCCCAAACGCUAAUAAUUAAAGCAAACAGAACCAUGAAAGUGAACCAGGUUAUUGGAAGCUUUCAAGCUUUUGAUGAAGACACUGGAAAAAUAGCAGAACGCAUCAGGUAUGCCAAAGAUCGUGAUGCUGAAAACUGGUUUACAAUAGAUUAUAAAACUGCUGAAAUCAAGCUUAUUAAAAUACCUAGAUUUGACUCAUCUUCUCUUGUCAAUGGUAGUUACAUUGGAACAAUUUUGGCUAUAACUGAAGACUUCCCUUCAAAAACUGCUACAGGUACAAUUGCUAUUCAAGUACAGAAUGUUAAUUUCCAUUGUCCAACUAUCACAACACGAGCAACAACAAUCUGUGCUGAUGCAAAGUUCGCAAACAUCACUGUUGAAGAUCAUGAUACUUAUCCAAAUGGUGGUCCUUUCACUUUUAGUGUCAUCGAUGAGCCUGAAAGAAUAUCGGACAAAUGGGUAAUUGGCCAAGUGGAUGGAGCUAGAGCACAGCUUGUACCAGUGGAUAUGCAUCCUGGCUCAUAUGAUAUUCCCAUUUUAGUAAAAGAUAACCAAGGUUUCAGCUGUCCUGACCGACAAAUUGUUCAUGUCUCUGUUUGUACUUGUGGGAAAGAUGGAGUUUGCGUAGGACAGAGAAUUGUUGGCUCAUCGGUUGUGCUGGGACCUGCUGCAGUUGCAUUGAUAAUUCUGGCACUCUUGUUGUUGCUGUUGUUGCCUCUUUUGUUGCUGCUGUGUCGUGCUGGGUCAGCUGCUAAGAAAGGUUUUGCAGCAAUACCUGAUAACAGCGAGGAAAUGUUGCGUAACUGGAACAGUGAAGGGGCAGCUCCUGAAAACAAGGCAUUCCUAAACCUCAUCGUUCCCCCCUCCUUGGAUAACUCUGCGUCAAAUAUGGGAGCUGGAGCAGCAGCUGCAGGUGCAGGAGCAGCAGCCACUCAGGUUGGCGGCUCUUCUGUGAUGAAAGAACAUUACAACAACAUCAAAGUGACCAAUGGACGAUGGGAGGAGCAAAGAGCUCUUCUGUCUGGUGCAGGUUAUAGAGGCAUGGAAUCAGGGGGAGCAUCAGUCAUGGCAGCUGGAGGAGGCAUGGCUGCCAGAGAUACCAUGGUAAUGGGCUCUGGAGGAACUAUGGGUGCAGGAGGAGCUAUGGCCAUGGAAACUGGAGGAGCCGUGAAUGAAGAGUUCUUGAGAAGUUACUUCAAUGAGAAAUAUGUUGCUUUCGCUGAUGAAGAUGAAGGUCAGCUUAUAAAAGACUGCCUGUUAGUUUACUCUCAGGAGGAGGAAGGAGGAUCUACCCAUGGCUCUGUUGGCUGCUGCAGCUUUAUUGAGGAUGAUUUUGAUGACCAUUUCCUGGAUGACUUAGGAGAUAAAUUCAAGACUCUAGCUGAAAUCUGUGUGGGCAAACGCAUGGGAACAGCAGCCAAGCAGUUCAGUUCUCAAGUCCUUAAAGACACAGUGGAUGAAUUGGAUGUACAUGGUUUGAGUUCAAAGCACAACUAUUCUUCAGGAUCCAGCUACCAACUACCUGAAACCACAAAAGACUUUAGUGCAGACAUUGUAACGGAAGAGUUAGUAACUGAGACAGCUUUUGCAUCUAGGUUUGGCCUCCAGCCAGCUAAGCCUAUACCUGACCCCAUGGUAAGCAGCAGUGUUGUUGUGACAGAAACGUCUUAUGAGGCAACACCUUCCAGGGUGAUCCUAGACCCUCAGUUGAAGGAAAAUGUUGUUGUGACAGAGAGGGUGCUUGCUCCUGCUUCCAGCUUGCAGGAAGUGCUAGAAAUGCCUCAUGGAGUCUUUCAGGAUCUCCCAGAUUCAAAAUAUGUUGUAGUGAGAGAAAGGGAAAGGGUCCUUGUGCCUAGUUCUAACCUACAGGCCUCCUUAAGCACCCCCAAUUUACCAGAAGGACAAAACGUGGUAGUAACUGAAAGUAUGGUUUCAUCCCCCCCUGGUUUGCAGGCUACAGGUGUGCGAACUGUGACAGAACCAACUGUAUAUUCUGGCAGUGAUAGGCAAGAACAUGUCUUGAUCUCAGAUCCUGUUUUUCACCAAGUCAGCACAGAGGAAGUCCUUCCCCCUGGUUCUUCUUUGAGCAAGUCCUCAAGGCUCACAAAAUACAGCUCUGUGCAAUAUACCCGUUCCUAAAUGUGGUCUUUUUCAUCUGUAUCUUCGUAGUUACAGUUGACAUUGAUAAGAGUAGUGGUUUGUUUUUCUCAAGGCCUGAAUAGGUUGCUUUAGUCUUUCCACAGUACAUUCUCAAAAAGAGCACAUCAAUAUCUACUGCAAACGGCUACUCAUGUUGUCUGAAAAAAACACUAUUACUAAAAACAGGACAUGCCUCUUAUAAUGUAGGUGCAUAGCUAUAUACAUUUUAGGAUCCACAGACUAGCCCAGUUGUAUUAAACUAGCUAUGCAACAGGCUUUAAAUAGCUGUUUUCCACUAAUUUGUAGUGUGAUCCUAAACAUGUCGACUCAGAAUUAAGUGACAAUGAGUUUAUAUGAUUUAUUCCAUAGUGUGUUUAACAUUAGUUUUGCUGCUGCCAAAGUACUUGAAUUUUAAUUUAGUAGACAUAUUGCCUUCAAAGCUGAAUGGUCUUAACUGUCAAAACAGUCUGUUUUAACUGACUUGUUGAUCAGGCUGCUUGAUAGCAAUAAGAAGCAUAAGAGUCUGCUAGAAUACCAAGUAUAUCACCACUUUUUAAGCUACAGAUUUUUACACAUUUAGAAGCAAACAUAUGUGUAAAAAUAUGUGGACUGAAAAAAAGAAAUUCAGUUCAGUCUUGUUUCCAUAUACUUUUAUCAAUCGAUAGUACGACAAGCCCUAGUAUUUGGAGACACUCCCAGAACCAUCAGUUAAUGUGUAUCCUGUAGUUUUGCAGAUGGAUUACUUUGAGGAUGAAGCAUGAUAGAUCAUGACACAGAUUAUUUUCUAUCAGGAAGUGAAGUAUCUGCAUGUACCUCACAGCUUCCAUACAUCCAUCUACUUUGCCUCCAAGUUGACAGAUGGAGGGUUGGCUUAUGCUCUGUGCAGAUAGUUUUGACUAGUGGAGCACGGGGCAGGAGUGGGGGGUUGAUUAUCCUUAGUACACAUCACAGAAACCAUUGCAAAGAAGAAUGGAGAUUAUUCCUUUAUCUUGCCCAGUAUUUGCUUCUGUCCAAGAAAUACUCAAACUGUGGGAUUAGUUUAAUAUUAUGAUUAAAUACAGUUUUCCUAAGCAUUAUAUAGGGAAGAACAAACAGGGUUUUUAUAGAUAACAGAUACCAUGCUCUUUCUGUAAGAUGCAUAUUUGUACUUUUGUAUCAGCUUCAUUCUGUUCAUGCAAAAACCCCACAAAUACCUUUAAAUGUACACACAGUUUGAAGUAAAGAGGACUGCUUUUUUUAAAAGGACACAAUCAUGCAAUAGAUCACAGAUUUUUGUAAGGAGGUGUGCAGAGUAUGCAUCAUUGGAUUUAGAACCCAGCUGCUGCAAGAAAUGCAGUAUUGGAUAUGGACCAGGGAGACGUGUCUUUAGACUCCCACUCAGCCACCAAAAUGUGUUGGGUGCCAUUAGUCAGUUGCUCUCUUUACAUGUGUAUAAUCAUAUGCAGGUAUAAUUGAAAAAAAAGCAUCAAAAAGAGAGGUGAAAGUGUUGAUUGUGGUAAACAUGAUAAAAUACAUGCCUUUGAAUAACUUUUUUUAAAAAAAUAGGGCUUAAGUCCUUCCCCCCCCCCCCCCAGUUUACUAUUUUUAAUACAUGUUUUCAUCUAAUAAAUGCUGCACUGGGGUUAGUAACCAAUAGGGGAAUAAUAUGUUCCUUGUUUUCCUAUCUAUCCAGAAUAAGCAAGUACUUUUAUUACCUGCUUCUUCUCUCGUGAUAGACAUUGAUUUCUGUAUAUCCAGCUUUGUAAUAUGUUUUUAUAUAACUGGACUUGAUUUUGUGCUAUUGUCAUACAUGGGGCAAGGCUGUGCUAUACUUUUUGUAAAAUUUGAAAUAAAGGGGAAAAAUUAAAA